GUAGAUUUUUCCGGUUUUUCGAGCAGUCGUAGACAUUUUUCAAAAACAUCUGGCAUCUCUGGAUUGAUCAAAUAUAUUUUAGUUAUCUAUCUCAGUCAACAAAGCAUAAUAUAAAUUCGCGAUGGCGUUAAAAUUACUUGUGGGUCAAAAAAUAAUGAACGAGGUAGUUCGUUAUAAGAAUCCUGCUUCUCAAGCCAAUGGAAAACCAGGUACUGAAUGGAGAAUUUUGAUAGUAGAUCAACUUGCUAUGAGAAUGGUAUCAGCGUGUACAAAAAUGCAUGAAAUAAGUGCCGAAGGGGUCACACUUGUUGAAGAUAUAAAUAAAAAAAGGGAACCGUUACCAGCCAUCGAAGCGGUUUAUUUGAUUACGCCAUCGGAGGAUUCUAUACGAUUAUUGAUGAGAGAUUUUGAAAAUCCCGCUAAACCAACAUACAAAGCUGCACAUGUAUUCUUUACUGAAGUUUGUCCAGAAGAGCUGUUCAACGAUAUUUGUAAAUCAGUGGUUUCCAGAAAAAUAAAAACGUUAAAAGAAAUUAAUAUUGCUUUUCUUCCAUACGAGUCACAGGUGUAUUCUCUUGAUUCUCCUGUUACUUUCCAAUGCGCCUAUUCACCAGGUCUUGCUGGUGCACGUAACGCCAAUAUGGAGCGUAUCGCUGAGCAAAUUGCUACACUUUGUGCUACAUUGGGAGAAUAUCCAUCAGUUCGUUAUAGAAAUGAGUGGGACGGCAACGUUGAGUUGGCGCAAAUGGUACAACAAAAGCUGGAUGCUUACAAAGCUGAUGAACCAACCAUGGGCGAGGGUCCGGAAAAGGCAAGAUCACAGCUUUUAAUUCUGGAUCGCGGCUUCGAUUGUGUUUCUCCAUUACUACACGAACUAACGCUUCAAGCAAUGGCAUACGAUUUAUUACCCAUUGUAAAUGAUGUAUAUAAAUUUAUUCCAUCCCCAAACGCGGCCGAGAAAGAAGUUUUGCUUGAUGAAAAUGAUGAUCUUUGGGUUGAUUUGCGACAUCAGCAUAUUGCAGUUGUAUCACAGAGUGUAACGCAGUAUUUGAAAACAUUCACUGAAUCAAAGAAACUUACGCAAACAGAAAAACAGUCUAUGAAAGAUCUCUCACAAAUGAUUAAAAAGAUGCCCCAAUACCAAAAGCAAUUGUCAAAAUAUUCAACACAUUUACACCUUGCUGAAGACUGCAUGAAAUCAUACCAAGGAUAUGUUGAUAAAUUAUGUCGAGUAGAGCAAGAUUUGGCAAUGGGCACCGAUGCUGAAGGAGAAAAAAUCAAGGACCAUAUGCGCAAUAUUGUUCCCAUACUUCUAGAUCAAGCGGUAUCUAACUAUGAUAAAGUGCGAAUUAUUGCAUUAUAUGUUAUGAUUAAAAACGGAAUUUCUGAAGAAAAUUUGACCAAGCUUGUCACUCAUGCUCAGAUCGAACCAAAAGAAAGAGAAAUGAUAACGAAUUUAAAUCUUCUUGGAAUAAAUGUUAUUGCCGAUGGUAAUCGAAAGAAAACUUACACUGUACCACGUAAAGAACGUAUAAAUGAACAUACAUACCAAAUGUCUAGAUGGACACCUGUCAUAAAGGAUAUAAUGGAGGAUUCUAUUGACAAUAAAUUGGACGAACGUCACUUUCCGUUUCUGGGUGGUAGAAAAACAGCGGGUUUCCAUGCACCCACAAGUGCACGAUAUGGUCAUUGGCACAAAGAUAAAUCACAAACAGCAGUAAAAAACGUUCCUCGUCUAAUCGUGUUCGUUGUUGGAGGAGUGAGCUACUCAGAAAUACGCUGCGCAUAUGAAGUUACUUCAGCUGUCAAAAAUUGGGAAGUUUACAUCGGAUCCUCACAUAUUUUAACUCCUGAAACAUUCCUUAGUGACCUCGGAUCUUUAAACAAAGAAUAAAAUUGAUGAUCAUGAGAGAAGUAAACUAAUUAAACGUACCGUUGAGUUUACAGAACCGCCACAGAUUGUUCAAACAUACAUUGUACAGAACAACAGUGGCUUUCACGCGCUGUAAUAUACGUGUUUGAAUUACAAACAAACUCAUUGCUAAAUAAAAACUUCUAUUCUACAUUUUGGUCAGCAGCAGUCUAAAUAAAAUUGCUAGUUUGAUUAGUACCAAAGUAUCUAAUCAAAAGUGUUCCACAUACUUUAAAAUGAGUUAAAUAUGUAGUUUUCAACAGCAUGCAGUAGAAAGAGGUGUCUGAACUAAAUAAAUAAAUAAAGAAAUGUAUGUUAGUUCGAACGGAAUCAAACUGAAUAAAAAAACUCAGUUUGUUCAGAAUAUCAAUUCUGAUCAGUUUGCUCUUGGUCGAAAUUUAGAAUAAAGCUGUGAAUAGUAAUUCAUUGAAGUUUUUUAAUAUGCCAACGUAAUGAAAUGGUCACUAAUGGUUAAUGAGCGAAGUUCAUGCUCAUUGUAUUUUUUUUUUCUAAUUUACACAACAACAUGAUUGCUGAUUUCUUAUUGUCAAACAUAAAAAUGAUUUUCAAUUGAUACAUCACAAAGUACAGAAUCAUUUUAUAGUACCUAAUAGUAAUAAUAGAAGUACAUGAAAACCUGAUUGCUAUUAUGAAGUCAAACACGAUUUUUUUUGUUUUGGGUUAGUAUUAAACCGACUUAUCUUUGAAAUUAGGAAUUCGUAUUGUUUCUCUUUGUGAAUACCGUGACUGCGGGUAAUUCCGCGCAGCACAUUUUUCCGUGCACUCAUCUUGAAAAAAUAUUUUUCAACAGUAAAUUUCACUGAAACACAACUAAUUUGUAUGCUCUACUAUGUGCAUAGCAUAGCCUGCUAUGAUAUAACAGAAAUUAGGUAUGUAUUAGUAAAAUUUACUGUUGAAAAACAGUUUUUUUAGAUGAGUGCGCGGAAAAAUGCGCUGCGCGGAAUUACCCGCAGUCACAGUACAUAAUAUGCCUCGUUAUAUGCUAUGAGCAAGUGCAAUAUUUUUUCCAACUGAUUUUAUUCUUAGAAAAAAGCCACUGUGUAGAGGAAAUGUUAUACAAAUCUGCUAUCAUUAGCCGCAACGUUACAUACAAAAUGUUUCUUUGCUUGCUGCGGUCCAAACGUUUCAAUCAAUAACGUGAGGUUAGGUGUUAUUUUAUUUGGAAUUAAAUAAUUAUAGUUUGCUCCAAAAAUAUAUGCAAACAUCAUGUUAUCUGAUCUACAGUUAUUGAUUAUUUUAUAUGUAUAUAUUCUACUAUAAUAAAUCACUUAAAACUUACUGUUCCAAAUUACAUAUUAGCUUAUGAUUCUACUCUAAUACUAGUGUAUUUCAAUUUCCAGUAUUGUCAUGCUUGUAAAAUGUAGUAGUAACAGUAGCCUAAAUAUAUUCAUAUUUUGUUCAAAAUAAAUGAUACAACCAAAA